AGAACACAAAGAGAUUCAGCUUGCCCAAGCUGUAUUCUAGGCUUGCUAUGUGUCUUCCUAAUGUUCAACCACAAAGUCAUACAUGAGCUCAGGAUUGAAAAAAUAUCAGAAAUAGAUUUGGAAAUUUACAAGAUUUGUUAGUCUGAAACUUAACGGCUUGUUAGAUAUACUGUUUGUUUUCCACUUGGGAUAUUUGUGCACAUAACUUGUGGAGUGUCUAGUAUAGCCUGGUGGUGUGCAAUUACCUGUUCACUAGCUCUGAAGGGUGCUGUAAAUUAAACAUUAACCAAUGCCUGAUAAGAUAAUCAGGUACGCGCAUGAAACACCUAUCUAGAGGUACGUGGCUACACGGAAAUUAAAGCAGUAAAACCCUGCUUGCUGGGGAACUAACUAGUCAUGUGAGACGGCACCACCCUUGUUGUAUAUGACUCAUUGCAUGGUCAAUUUCAGAUCAAUAAAUUUUGAUCCACACAGUGACAUCUGUUGCCAUGGCUGCUACAGGUAAUCAAAGUCCUGCAUGACAGUGGUUCUAGACAUUGCUGUCUCGGCAGCUGUGUGACGGUGUGGUGUUGUGUCAGUGUCCAGGUGGUCAACGGCAGUGCCUGUAGCGGUGUUCAGCGGAGGUGUGUAUCACAGUCCCUUAUCACAAGUGCGGCGUAUAUCACAGUCCCUUCAUUCUUUGACACUCUAUGGUGUAAAGACACAAGUGAUAAUCAGUCAGACUUUGGAUCAGGGAUCUUGUUGGAGAUCAAGGGUUAAUGUUGUGUGUGCUGUUUUCCUGUUCGAAACAUUGACUUACUUCCUCAUCGAGUGGCGGGACUACAGUAGUAGUACAAGAAAGAUGCGAGGGAACAGGUGGCUAAAGAAAGGCUGUGACUGAUGUUUGUGAAGCUUAGAAAUACACAUCGUGUGAUAUUACUGGGUAAUAUGUCAAAUGAUGAAACUAGUUUUAAAUGAAGCUGUCAUGAUAACUGGAAUAACAAAACUUAGUAUUGAUGUGAGAUCCUGAUCGCCUAGGCUUCUCUGCAACACCUGUUUCUAUUGUGAAGUCUGUUGUCAAAACUACAAGAAGUUUGCUGUCUGCUUUUGAAUGAAGAUAAAUGUGAAUAUUAACCCUACAGCUGGUUGUGACGUAUCAGAUUACUAAACAAUGAAAACAUCUAUAUGAAUUAGAGUUAGUCAAGAAACAGUCCAGAAACUGACCAGAAAGUGACAAACACUUGAAUACCCUACCUGAUUGUUUACCUAGCUUUGACAGACCAGGGAUCUCUACCUUUUUGAAAAAAGAGAAGUUUGAGAUAUUUAUCCAUUGCCUUACUUUCCUAGGCUGGUGGUUAUUAUCAUAUAAGGUGAAAACUCUGAAUAGCUGCAUUAUACCACACCUAUGUGAUAAGGCAGACCUAUGCUGUGUACACAGGAUUAAUUGAAGUUAUAUUCUACUUGAUAACACCCCAGUUUGUGAUCAGCAAGAUGAGGUUGUGGCGUAUGUUGUGCAGAUCCCGUCUGUUUUUUGUGAGCUGCAUCGCUGUGACUUUAUACUUGACACUUACAUUUUGGACAAUGAAUUUGAAAACUGAAGAGAAGGUAGUUCUCCCCAUUGAAGACUACAAAAUCAGCAUCAAUGGAGGACGUGGUGAACAUGGGGAGGGUGAUGCUGAAGCUGCUGCACAAAUUAGGAAAGAAAAUGAUGGUGGAGCUGCUGUGGACAGUUACCAAGAUUUACAUUUGGAUUCAAUAACUUGCAAAGAAAAGCAAAACUUUGUGUUCAUCAAGUGCAUGAAAUGUGCUACGGAAACCAUGGCAACCAUUAUUCGUCGGUUUGGUUACACCCGAAAUCUUUCUUUUUUGACGCCAGUGAAGGAUAAGUUGUAUCUUGGCUGGCCGUAUUUGAUGACAAGGUUUGACUAUCGCCCAUCUAGUCGUGGUUAUAACAUCGUCAUGGAACAUUCAAUCUACAAUAAAACUAUUAUGCAGAAAAUUAUGCCGAAAGAUACUCUGUAUAUCUCCAUCAUACGAGAACCAUUUAGUCAAGUCAAGUCAACGAUAAACUAUUUCAAGGUGCUACAAAUAUUAAACAUUACAAGUGGGAAUGGGUUAAGUGAGUAUUUACAUAAUUUAGAAAAGUAUGAACCUAUUUAUCAAAGUCCUGAAAAACAUCAGCCUCGAUUUUGUAUCCCUGAUGGUUUCUCAAUGACCAAGAACCUGAUGUCUCAUUGUCACGGGAUGCCGCUGGGUUUCCCUGCUGGACGGCCAGACAUUUCUGGUGAUCCUUCAGCAGUUGACCGGUACAUACAGGACCUUGGGAAGGAGUUCUACUUCAUGAUGCUUGUCGAAUAUUUUCAUGAAUCUCUUGUACUCCUGAAACGUAAAAUGUGCUGGACAUUUCAUGAUAUUCUGUACAAAUCUGUCAAUGAUGGUAAUUACACUUACAAGGAAACACAACCUGACCCAGAGUUGGUGGCCAUAUACAAGAAGUGGAGUCCCGCCGACUACAAACUUUACGAUCAUUUUAACAAAACAUUCUGGGAAACGGUUGCCAAGCAGGGUGGUGAUUUCUUUGAGGAAGUAGCUGCGUUUGCCCAGGUGCAAAAAAGAGUUAGUCAUUUCUGUGACUAUGAAGAUCAGGCUGACUUGAAGAUUGAGACCAGUAAGUGGAGUCCGGGGUUCAGCAUGGUCAGACUUGACUGCAAGAUGUUGUGGCCGGACCUACUCCGACGGAUCCAAGCACGUCACAAUAAGGAUGAGAAGGUGCUACUACAGAGGGAGCGGAUGGCAGGAAGUGUUCACCAUAAGCCUCAAGCAUUGUGCUAGCCUUGUCUUAGCAUUGUGCUUGUCUUGAGUAAACCUUGUGUUAGCAUUGUGCUAGCCUUGUGUUAGCAUUGUGUUGGCAUUGUGCUUGUCUUGAGUGAACCUU